AUGGCUGUGGACAAUGGGAAUGCCCACAGCAUGGGCCGGCCAGUGAAGGCGCUGGUGCGGGUGGCCACGCAGGUCAACGUGGUGCAAGCUCACCGCCUCGUCAACUUUGACGCCCCAGCCGCGUGCGUCACCCUUGACCCUUCUGCCCAGGCGUCUCUCAACGAGGGGAGCCAGGGCGUGGAAGUGUGGUGGCUGGGAGCGCCGCGGCAGAGCAACGGCUUAAACGGGAAGCAGCAAGCGGUGUGCAGCAAGGUCAGGUUCUUCACGAAGGGUGCUUGCCAGGGUGCGCCGGUGGCCGAAACCGUGAAGCCGCAAGUCCCCAAUCUAAAGAAAAACUUCCUCCGGCCCAGCUGCCCGCUCUCCGUCCGACCAGCUAGGGCCUUCAAGCCAGUCCAAGAUGGGUUCGAAGACGGUCUCUCUGAGGCUGCCGCUCACCACGAGGUUCCACCGGCGCGCCCAGAACGACCCCAGCGACGUCGCCAGGUACGGGCGACGGAAGUGCGGCUCCACGGCGAAGCGCGGGGCGACGGCGGCGACGACCCGUGCGACGAGUUCGCAGAGGAGCGUGACGAAGAGGAAGAGGUUCGCGCUGUGCAGCAGCGUCACGGCCGGCGCGGGGAGGUUGAAAGCGUAUGCUCGGAUGGUGAGAGAGAGGAGGAAUGCUUUUAA